AGCACUGCGGAUCACCCAUUGCAUCUCACAGACACGGUCAGCGCCACGCACACGACUUCCAUCCAUCCAUCCAUCCAGUCAAAGCGCAACGGCAGGCAGGGCAGAGUCUGUCGGUCUCUCAUGAAAUGAAUUGUGUCAAUCAGUCGACCGACCCUCAAUCCUACAUGAGAUUCACACCACCAAAACAGGCAGGCCAAACACAUUGCUCGAUGCAAGUCUGUCUGCACACAGGUAUAUACACACAUACAAACGAAGAGACAGAGAUGCACACUGGAAGGAAGGAGGCCACCCCGAUGAUCCCAACCACCCCCUCAGCCAGCCUGCCUGCCAGCCAGCCGUGCGGUCAUGAGUGGCGUUUGAGUCGCAGCUGUGGCUGCUGCAGCUCGCCACGCAGUUCACGGAUGUCGGCCUCCAGCUGCUGCUUGCGAGCCUCCAGCAGCUGCCUCCCACCCUCAAGCACCUGUGUUGGCGGGGGCGGCGGGGGCGAUGUCUGCACGCCCUUGUCCGACGCCCGUGGCAGACCAGUCGUGUCGGUGUCGGCCGUCUGCUCAGCCGCCAUGAGCUUCUGCCGCAUCUGGGCGAUCUGGCCAUUCGCCGCCUGCUGCUGCUCGUGGUGGUGACGCGACAAAUCCUCUAGGUGACGAGCAUGCUGAUGACCCACACACGUACACACACGGGGAGGGUUUCAUCAAUCGCCCACACAUAAACGUGACAUAUGUGUGUGUGUGUGUGUGUGUUGGGGCGGUAACUGACCUCCUUGGCCUGUAUUGCCAUGGCGUCGCGCAACUCGUCUAGCUCCCGUCUGAGGGCGCCGAGCUCCUUGUCCUUCUGCUCAACCACCGCGUCGCUACCGGAGGGGCCCGCCGAGGGCGUGGUGGUUGACGGAUCCUGGGCGGCCUGUGUGCACCGACAAACAAACAACACAUACGUGUGUGUGUUGGUCCAUGGCGUGGUGCAGUAGAUGUCCAUACCUUCUGCUGCAGCUUGGCGACUUCGGCCUUGAGGUGCCCAUUCUGGUCCUCCAGCUGGCUGAUGGUGGCCUGCAGGCAGACAGACAGACAGAACAGACUUGUGGAUAAUAAACUUUAAGUAGGAUCGGCGUGUCUGUCGUACACUGACCUCCAGCUCGUCUAUCUCCGCCAGGAGCAUCCUUUGCACGCAACACACCACACACAGACAGACAGAUGAGUGAGUCGGUGUGCGGUAUGUCAUCUGUGCCGCCCACACCCUCUCUGUCGACUGACGUGCCCACCUGGUUGUCUUUUGCCGUGCGGGAGUUUUGUACGUGGAGGUCCUGCCACGCAGUGUUGCGGUUGGCGAGAAAUUUGUACCGGUCGUACCAUUCGCAGCACUGUGCUGCACGUCACACACAGACAAAUGUCGCAACCAUGAUUGCAGUGGGUGCGAUGCGCUUCUCGGUUGAUCCCUGACCGUGGAGGAGGUCUCGCUGUUCGUGCAGCUUCACCAGCUCCUGAGGACUAUACCUACUCAGCCCUGCGACACACAGAGAUCGCAUAAUGCCGUUCAGCGUCACCCCCCUCACACACAGAGGAGCCAUGCAGCUCUUUGCCUGUCCCGCCGCCCCUCUCUGCAUCCAAUUCACUGCCCUUGAGGCCCACUUACUGUCUGCAAGGCGCGCCUCCGCCUCGUUGUCCCUCUCGGCGGCCUCGAGGACCUGCUGGAGGCUCAAAUGAGGGCCGCUCAUCGUCGCCUCUCGUGCUUUCUUCUUGAGCAGCCAGCUCCCUG